ACAUUAAAGAGUUCCCUGUGGUCAAGAAUUAAUUUAGUUUAUCCUCAUUUGGUUAUUCGAAAUGGAUGGUUCUCCCAGAGUGCUUUAUUGUGUGCUUACACUUUUAGCUUUAAUAACAUUUACAAUAUGUUUAGAAAAUAAUGGUCAACAGCGAGAUGUCGAUGAAAAAGUAACUUAUAAUGGAGACCAAGUAUUUAGAGUUGAAACAGUUAACUCUAAGCAAAGGAAAAAAAUCAAGGAACUAGAAAAUCAAGGAUUGAUUGAAAAAUGGUUUACCAAUUCUACAUCAGUAGAUAUAAUGGUAAAAAAAGAAAACUCAGAAAUUGUAAAAAACACACUGAAUAAUGGAUCAUUAUUAUUUGAUGUUUUUAUUGAUGACAUACAAAGGGCAAUUGAUGUAGAAAAUCCUCCAAUAAAUGAAGACGAAUCAGAAUUAUCCGGAAGACAAGGACAUAAUUUAACAUUUGAACGUUAUCAUAAGAUACAUGAUAUAUAUAAAUAUAUUGAUUACUUAUCUCAAGAAUAUCCAGAUAUAUUAGAAAUUGAAACUAUUGGUAAAUCAUAUGAAAAUGUCUCAUUAAGAGUGAUACGAAUUAAGCCAGACAAAAAUGCAACUGAUAUAAAAGCUAUAUGGAUCGAUGGAGGGAUACAUGCUCGAGAAUGGAUUGCAGUCUCCUCUGUGUUAUAUUUAAUAAAUGAAUUGGUAUAUAACAGAGACUCAUUGGAAUCUCAUAUGAAUAAUAUUGAAUUCCACAUAAUACCAAUUUUAAAUCCUGAUGGUUACAAAUAUUCUCAUGAAAAGGAACGCCUAUGGCGAAAAAACCGAAACAAGCAAUCAGCAAAUUCAUGUAUAGGAGCAGAUCUGAAUCGUAACUGGGAUUAUCACUGGGGCGAAAGUGGUUCUAGCAAAUAUUCAUGUGCAGAAAUAUAUAAAGGAGUAAAAGCUAGUUCUGAACGUGAAACCCAAGCAGUGGUUAAGUAUAUAAUGAAAAAUCCAAACAAAUUUAAAGGAUUUCUGACGUUCCAUAGUUAUGGACAAUAUAUCUUAUAUCCAUGGGGCUAUGCCAAACGGGUACCAUCUGAUCACAAAGAAGUACACCGUGUAGGCCUGGCUAUGGCCGCAGCUAUUAAAAAGGCUACAUCAAAUGAGUACACUGUCGGAAAUAGUGCAACACUUUUAUACCCAGCAGCCGGAGCAUCUGAUGAUUGGGCUAAAGGAGUUGCAAAAAUUAAAUACUCAUACACUGUAGAAUUGAAAGAUACAGGAAAAUAUGGAUUCAUUUUACCACCAUCUGAGAUUUUAUCUACUGGAAAAGAAGCAUUUGCAGCAGUCUCAACACUAGCUAAUGAAAUAAGUUCAGAAAAUAAUAAUAAUGUGUAAAAUUAUUAGCUUACUUUUAACUCAGUUGUACAUUUUUUUAAAGAUGGAGAACGAA